UGGAUGUCCCUGUGCGCACUCGUGGGCUAGCGGGGCCGCGUCCCGCCACGGCGCUCCUGCCUCUCCCACUGCCUGCGCUCCGCCUUCCUCGGGGCUUUCGUGGCCAGGAUUUCUCCUCCGCUCGCUGUUCCUCCCGGCGGGCAGCGGGUGUCUGUGCUCGGGUCCGCUUUCCCUACGGCUGCGUUAUAGUACCCGUAGGCUGGUAGCAGCUGCCCACCGGCCAGGGGCUCGAAUGUGAUACAACUGUGUUUUAUUUGGGACUCCUGCCUCUUCGACUUCUAUUUUAAUGGCGCACAUCACCAUAAAUCAGUAUUUGCAGCAAGUACAGGAAGCAAUUGACAGCAGAGAUGGACAGUUUUGUGCAGAAUUGGUAUCAUUUAAACAUCCACAUGUUGCGAACCCAAGGCUACAGCUUCCAUCUCCAGAGGAGAAGUGUCAACAAGUUUUGGAACCACCAUAUGAUGAAAUGUUUGCAGCCCACUUAAGGUGUACUUAUGCUGUUGGAAACCAUGACUUUAUAGAAGCCUACAAAUGCCAAACAGUUAUUGUCCAAUCUUUCCUGCGAGCAUUUCAGGCGCAUAAAGAAGAAAACUGGGCUUUACCUAUUAUGUAUGCUGUAGCCCUUGAUCUUCGAAUUUUUGCUAAUAAUGCAGAUCAACAGCUAGUGAAGAAAGGGAAGAGCAAAGUUGGCGACAUGUUGGAAAAAGCAGCAGAACUGCUGAUGAGCUGUUUUCGAGUCUGUGCCAGUGACACUCGAGCAGGCAUUGAAGAUUCCAAGAAGUGGGGCAUGUUGUUUCUCGUGAAUCAGCUGUUUAAAAUUUAUUUUAAGAUCAACAAGCUCCAUUUAUGUAAGCCCUUAAUUAGAGCAAUUGACAGCUCAAAUCUGAAGGAUGAAUAUAGUAUGGCACAGCGAGUUACAUACAGAUAUUAUGUUGGACGCAAAGCCAUGUUUGACAGUGACUUUAAGCAAGCUGAAGAGUAUCUGUCAUUUGCCUUUGAGCACUGUCACCGCUCAAGCCAGAAGAACAAAAGAAUGAUUUUGAUCUACCUGCUGCCAGUAAAAAUGUUAUUGGGCCAUAUGCCAACAGUUCAGCUCUUAAAAAAGUAUGACCUUAUGCAGUUUGCUGAAGUAACAAAGGCUGUGAGUGAAGGCAAUCUUCUCCUACUGAAUGAUGCUCUGACAAAGCAUGAGACCUUCUUUAUUCGAUGUGGAAUUUUUCUUAUCCUUGAGAAGCUGAAAAUCAUCACGUACAGAAAUCUCUUUAAGAAAGUAUACUUACUACUCAAAACCCAUCAGCUAUCUCUAGAUGCCUUUCUGUUUGCCCUGAAAUUCAUGCAAGUAGAUGAUGUGGAUAUUGAUGAAGUCCAGUGCAUUUUAGCUAACCUUAUAUAUAUGGGUCACAUUAAAGGCUAUAUAUCUCAUCAGCAUCAAAAGCUUGUGGUCAGUAAGCAGAACCCGUUUCCUCCGCUGUCAACAGUGUGUUGAGUAUUGCGUCUUACCCAUGCAAGUACUUUUCAGAUGCUCAGCUUACCCAGUGGAGCUGCUCCUAAUCACCCUGAGAACACUGUAAAUGACCUGGUUCGUGUCCAGGACUGGAAUACCAGGAACUGUUUGUGGCUCCUUUCCCAGAAUGACCAAGGCUGCCAGUGUUACAAAGUGCGUUGGAAUUAAAUGCUAAUUUUUCAGUGAUAGUUUCUGCAGGCUUUCUACAUCAUUCAAAGAAUUUCAUGAGGAAAUAAAGCAAAGCAUUCCAAA